AGGGCCAGCGACUGGAGUUGGGAGAGGAACCCAAUCUGUGCGACAGUAACUGCACAGUCAACUAAAGCAUAAAUAUUACAAAACAUUUAUCUAAAUCGUUGUUUACUGCUCGUCUUGUUUUUUUGUUUUAUUGUUUUAUAAGCGGAUUGACUCGUACAAGUAUUUGCAUCACGAAGACCACUUGCCCGCAUCGAAUCAUCGCUCCAUCCAAUGUUCAUGAAGACAUUCUGAAAUUACAUGUUCUUCCAUAUUUCGUUGGGAUUGGAUUACACAAAAGGCGGCACGGACUCACACAAUUAUUCACUCUUCUCAUUGGAUCAACUCUCAGGGAGACACUCUUAAAGGGACAGAUCCACUGCUGCAUCUCCCUCCUGCAGCCUCAGACACAGACACAGGAGAAAGGAGGAGGAGAGAGAGAGGGAGAGAUAGAGGAGAUGGAGAGAGCGAGAGAGAGAUGGGUAUCUGAGGGGGAGAGAGGAUAGUCCCUGCGUCCCUGCGGUUGCAACAGGGAGCCCCAGACCCCGGAGAUGAAUAAGCUGCGUCAGAGCCUGCGCAGGAAGAAGCCCACCUACGUGCCAGAGGCCAGCAGACCCCACCAGUGGCAGGCCGAUGAGGAGGCCGUACGCAAGGGCAAAUGCAACUUCCCCGUCAGGUACCUGGGUCUGGUGGAGGUGGAGGAAUCCAGAGGGAUGCAUGUGUGCGAGGAGGCUGUGAAAAAGCUCAAAAUUAGUGGGAAGAAGACAGUGAAAGCAGUUCUGUGGGUGUCCGCAGACGGUCUCAGAGUGGUGGAUGACAAAACCAAGGACCUCAUCGUAGACCAGACCAUUGAGAAGGUGUCCUUCUGCGCGCCCGACCGCAAUUAUGACAAGGCUUUCUCCUACAUCUGCCGUGACGGCACCACACGACGCUGGAUCUGCCACUGCUUCAUGGCCCUGAAGGACUCGGGCGAGCGUAUGAGCCACGCCGUGGGCUGUGCCUUCGCCGCCUGUCUGGAGAGGAAGCAGCGGCGUGAGAAGGAGUGCGGCGUCACAGCCUCGUUUGACGCCAGCCGCACCUCCUUCGUGCGCGAGGGCUCGUUCCGCGUGACGUCGUCCAGCCAGCAGGGUGGCGAGCGCGAGGACAUCAUGAAGCAGCUGCAGGACAAGAAGAAAGAGCCCCCGUGUACCAUCCCAGCCAUCCCCCCUGGCACCUCCUCACCCCCUGAGGGCGAGGCCUCGCCCGUGGGACAGGGGGUAGAGCACGCAAUCCCGCGGCGCCACGCGCCCAUUGAGCAGCUGGUGCGGCAGGGCUCCUUCCGGGGCUUCCCGGCCCUCAGCGGGAAGAACUCGCCGUUCAAGAGGCAGCUCUCGCUGCGCCUCAACGACCUGCCUUCCAACCUGCAGCGCAAGACCGCCGACUUCCAGAGCAAGAACCCAGUCCCAGAGAUGGAUCUGUCUGUGUGUGGCGAGGCAGACAACAGCAUCAACGCUCUGUGCAGCCAGAUCAACCAUUCCUUCACCAGGCCCUCUGAGGAACUCUUCUCCAACCCCACCCCCAACGGCCUGCCAGGCUGCACUGUGCCCCCAGCCAUCCCCCCUCCACCCGCCCCCCUGCAAGCCACGUCCUCCUGGGUGCAGGCAGAGCCCCCGGUCCAGUCCCCUGUCCACAGUGGACACAGGAGGACGCCCUCCGAGGCUGAGCGCUGGCUGGAGGAGGUGGCCCAGGCCGUCAAGGCCCAGCAACAGAACCCCAACCUGUCCCCGCCACUCAUCCAGCCCACCCCUGCCAUUCCAGGGCCACCCAUGUCAAACGCAGCUAUGUCUGUGCCACCUAUGUCUAACCCACUAAUGCCUGGCCCACCUAUGUCUAACCCACUUAUGCCUGGCCCACCUAUGUCUAACCCACUUAUGCCUGGCCCACCUAUGUCAGGUGUGCCCAUAACGGGGGCAUCCAUGCCGGGGACAACCAUGCCAGGGGUGCCUGGCUCCCUGCCCACUUCCAUGCAGCCGUUUCCCUUGGCGUUUGAUGCCACUCCUGCGCCCGUGAGCCUGUAUAACCAGCCACCCCUGCAGCCAACGUUUGUACCCAUGCAGGCCUACAUGCCCGCCCUGGCCAACAGCAUGGUGUACUCCAACGCCAGUGUGCCUGUGGUGGGCAUCACGCCUUCCCAGAUGGUGGCUAAUGUCUUCUGCACGGCAGGCGGCUCUACCGGCGGGCCUUCCAUGGGCAUGUGCACAGGGCCCAAAAUGGGCACGCUCACCGGCGGGCACCGCCACUCUUUCUCCGGCCAGCCGGGCGGGUUCCCUAUGCCACCCUUCGGAGCUCAUCCCACCGUCAAUGGCCUCCCCCACAACAUUCCCACCUCCCCCGCCACCAUCAUGCAGAACGGCACCAGCAGCAAUAGCAGCAGCUGGCCACCGGAGGGCGCACAGCAGGCCAACCCGCUCCCAGCCAAUGCCCAGGAGGUUGAUCGCUUCGAGGCAAAGUGGGCCGCGCUGGAGACCAAAUUGCAACCCAAGGCGGCGCCCAACCCUUUCUCCAAUGACUUGCAAAAGACCUUUGAGAUCGAGCUUUAACUCUGUAUUAACCCAGGUCAGGCCACUGCAUAGACUAUGAUGAUGCAGACACCCAACCACAAUGAACCACUCCACUCCCCCCCUCCAGCCCCCUGCCCCUAAAUGCUGUCGCUCCCCGUCUUCUUGAUUUUCUCCUCCUCUGUUGAGACCCCAGGAUGUAAAUUGGGUCUGAAUGAAGGGGGGACAUGAUGACUGUGUAUGGGGUUCCUCGCGAUGCAUUCCCUGGGAUUUCUAGCAAUCAUGUUCUGCGUGGGGAUCUAUGGAAGAGCCAGAGAAUAUGGAUACAACACAUGCCACUGAGAUGAGACACUGAGAGAGAUUAUGUUGAUGGUACCCAAGCACAGCAAAGGCCCUGGUUGACUAGCCAAUGACACAAAUCGAUGGUGGAGACCCCAAAGGAGGCGUCGACCAAUAAGAGUGACAGACGGUUUGAUUGCCAAAAUGGUUAUAUUUAUGAUUUUUACUUAGCUUUUAACCUGUUAUAGUUUCACAUUGUUGUUUCUCCCUGUAUUUAUUUGUGUGGAACUGGAAAGAGGAGGAAAAUAACUAGCAGCUGCAACUGUGUCAGCGGAGAGAGCAAAGAGAGCGAGUGAGUCAUGAAACGAGAGGUUGGAAACGAGUGUAAAUAGCAUGCUUUUUUCACCCUCUAUUUAUUACCAAUCCAUGUAUAACCGUCAAUUUGCUUACUCAACCCAAAUGAGUCACCGUUAGCUAAAUCACCAUGGUGACCUCACCCCUCUGUCCCAGUGCCACUCCACCUGCAGGGCAGACACACUAGAACCCUGGAACAUUCUGGAAAGGGUCCAAAUAGUGCGGCACAUUCCAAGUUGGUUGGUUGAUUCGCAUUAUAUUCUAAAACAUGGUAGUAGUCACCCCCGUACGAGUGUAGUCAGUCAACACUAUGAGAGUCUAUUUGGAAGUGUUGAGCCUAAGAUUUAAGAGAUUAGGGAUGGGAGAUCUUGAGCACUUCGUAAGAUAAAGAGGGUAAGUUUGGGGUGAGUUAUGUUUUUUUUGUCACUGGGUCUGCGUUUGAAAUGGCACCCUAUUCCCAUAUAGGGCCUUGGGCAAAAGUAGUGCCUCCCUAUAGGCACAGACGUCAAUUCAACGUCUAUUCCACGAUGGUUCAAUGCAAUUUCCUAGAAAUGACGUAUAUACAACGUUGAUUCAAUCGGUGUGUGCCCAGUGGGCUGGGUCAAGCUGCACUUCUGACAUAAUGGGACUACAGUCCGUUUGUCGAGGCUUCUGGAUCCAGGCUCUUGUCUUGAGGCCAUUGUGACGGGCAGAAGUUCUGGCACCUGCUGUGUGUGGUCUACCAGGCUGAGUAAAGAUGGCUAGGGGAAGUGAUGAGUCAUUCACCACUUUAAACAGACAGAGGAAGGCAUCCAUCUUUGUAGAGGGAAAACAAAAGAGCGGGGCGGGGCGGAGAAGGUGAAAGAUAGACUGAGAGAACGAGGGUAUGUGAGAAUGAGUUUGAGGAUGUGGACUAUUGAAAGGCUGUGGUGAACUGAGAAAACAUGAAAGAAGAAAGGGUUGGAUUAAUGAAAUACCAUACAGGCAAAACGGUACGUUAAACAGACUGUUGUUUCAUUCCUUUAAACUCCUUUCACUGCUCCCAAACAAAAGCACUUCUGUUAGAGUUAUAGUCACCAUGCAUUUAGAGCUCCGCAGAAACAAUACUUUACUGUUUGAUCGUAAUCUCAAAAGAGGCAAGCAUUUCCUUCCGUGAACUUUAGUUGAAACACACAAAGACAAUAAAUGUGCAGUAUACUAUAGCUACAACCCCAUAUUGGAAUUUUAGCCCACUUGGCAGGACUUCCAUUGGCAGGUCAAGGCGGGGCAAACGCAUGUGCUUCGAUGGGAAGCUUUAUGCUAUUUGUCAUUAUACUGCUUUAUGUACGAUCCUGCCCCAGACGACAUGAGUGUCUGGGAGUGAGACGGAGUGGGACCCAGGGGACCAGUGUUAUUGAAUGGACAUCACAACUAGACAAACAGGCUCCAUCCAUCCCGCUCUCCUGGUCAUUAACUCCUUAGGACUCCUCGGCCAAUCAGGCUUUGUCAUUUUUACAUGCGGCAUAAUACUGGCUGACAUCCAUUCGCUUUCGCAAAGAUAUAAAUCACCAGUGAGGGGCCCAUGUUUUUGCUCAUUUAGACAAAUCGAUUUUCUAAAUGUAUUCUCUCCCCACCUUUUAAGAGAAAAAAAACGUAGUCAUUCAUGAAAUUGCUGUUUUCAUUUUGUUAAAUUCCCGUUAUUUACACGCCCUCUAAAUUAAAAUGUAGGUUGAUGACGUUCAGAAUAAGAAACUAAAUGACCUCCUAAACCUGAUUGUAAACCAUAGUGUAGUGAUAACAAACCAGUGGAGUUUAUUUUUGUUCUUUAUUUACAGAAUUUUGUAUUUAAACCUACAUAUUUGUAUUGUAAUUACAUUGUACAAAGAUAAAUAAAUAAUAUAAUAUUAAACUUG